CUGUUGUCUUCUUAAAAUGUCAUUAGAAUAUCUUUAAAGUUUAUGAAAUAAAUUAAUAGAUGAUUGCAUUAGUGAUCAUUGAUGUAAUGUGCCCAUUUGCUGUAGGAUUUUACACCCAAUAACUUGUGACAUACCCCUAUAUGUCAAAAUGUACUCUGCGAAAGACAACCUUUGACCCAAAAUGGCAGACUGGACAACAUAUUUCGAGGGCUCGAACCCUCCGGAAAAAUACGACGAAAACAAGACACGGAUCCAGGAAUUCGUCAGUAGACACUCUAAGGACGGAAGAAGACUUGUCCUCGUAACUUCAGGAGGUACCAGAGUACCACUGGAGAGCAGGACAGUGCGCUUCAUCGACAACUUCAGUGUGGGAACCAGAGGCUCUGUCUCUGCUGAAAACUUUUUGGCACAGGGUUAUGCUGUGAUCUUCCUGCAUAGACUGAAUUCCCUGGAACCCUUCACCAGGCACUUCUCAAGGGUCAACUUCCUGGACCUGCUUAGUCUUACAACCACAGCAGAUGGCAGGACAGGUGUACAAGUUGAUCCAAAGGAGACUUCCCAGCUUGUAAGAGUCAUGCAGGGAUACCAGCGGGUUAGAGACACCGACACUCUCCUGUCCAUCAGUUUCCUGUCCCUGUCUGACUACCUGUACCUGCUGAGGGCUGCGGCCGAGGCCUUCACUCCCAUCGGGCCGACAGCCAUGCUCUAUCUUGCUGCUGCUGUGUCAGACUUCUACAUUCCACACAAGGAGCUUCCUGAGCACAAGAUCCAGUCAGCCGAUGGGCCUUUACAGAUCACCAUGCAGAUGACACCCAAGAUGCUGUCUCCACUGGUUAAGGAGUGGGCUCCUCAAGCCUUCACUGUCUCCUUUAAGCUGGAGACUGACACCAGCAUUCUCAUCAAAAAGGCAAAACAAGCGCUGCAGAAGUACAGUCAUCAGGUCGUCAUCGCCAACAUCCUCGAGACAAGAAAGAAGACCGUAACCAUAGUAACCAGAGAGGAUGAGGAGGUUGUGAUGAUGUCAGACUCGGAGCUGGAAGCUGGGAUGGAGAUAGAGGAGAAAAUCAUCGCAGACCUCGUCAGAAGACAUGAGACAUUCUGUCAGGGAACAUAGAUGACUUCAUAGUGUUGUAUUUUGAUAAGGAAUAUCACAAUUAGCCACAGAUUCAUCAUUGUUAAUAAAUUUUAAUAAAGCUUAUUCAUCACUAUAAAUCUUGAAAUGUUUGCAUUUUUUUAUUUUUGUGUUUUUUGCAGUGACCUCUGCACCACAAAUUCACAAUGCAGUUUGAGUCAAUUACAGUUAUUACUACAUUUGUACUAUACAGUAAAGAAUUGUUUUCAUUGCAAACUUAAAACACUGAGAAAACCUACUUUCUCCUUCUACUGCUAAAUUUGUCCUUGUAAAAAUAGCUGAAUAAGCAUGGACUACAAUGUAUCUAAGAAAUUGCUUUAGAAAUGCUUAGAAUCUGCACCGUCUCCAUUAUACGGUACAUUUCUUAUUUGAUGUUGGUAGCUUAAGUGCAAAUAGAUUUAAAUGUUAAUGUUUUCAUGUGCCAAACCUUAUUUAUUCGUUAUGUGCAGCAUUCAUUCCAACAAAAAAAGUUAACUUAAUUGUUGUGUUAAAUGCAAAUUAUCUUUGAAGAAUUUUAAUUUUACACAUAAUUAUGGAAUGUGUUUUUUUUUGCAAUAUGUGAAUCCAAGACUUUCUUUCAGACAGAAUUUCCUUAGGAGUCAAAUUUAACUUAUCCAACAUUAUCUUUAUUAUAAGAAGGAAGGAAGAAGGAAGAAUUAACAACCAUUAUAGACCAUGAAAUCCUCUCACCU